GACUCUCCCAACUGGCAACCACUUUGGUUUUUUCGCACUUUUUGGCACUUUUCCAUUAUGUGCUUCGUUUUGCGUGACUGCGACUUUUUGAUAGGCCUACACAUGCGUCGCUUAUUUUGGGGGGAUUUGAAAGGUUUGCCUAUGUGCAGCGCCGCAGCUGGAAAUGCAGUAGGUUUGGGGUGGCCUGGUUGAUACAUGGAGUGGCUAUGCCGACUGUCCAUUGCCGAGGAUGUGAAUGUGGAAGUGAAUGUGGACUGGGCAUUCAGUGCGUAUACGUAAUGCUAUGUACAUUUUUAUUUUGGUUUUUGCUUGCUUUUUUGGAGUCUAGGCAUAGCUUCACCCGUGUGUGUGAUUGUUUUGCGUGUGUGAGUGUGUGUGUAUGUGGUGUCCUUAACUAAAUAAAUAUAAUGAGUUGGACAGUGGGACGAUGGUAGAUGAAAAGGUGAAGGGAAUCUGAAGGAUGGAACAGGACACGGUACUAAGUUAUCUUUCAGCUAUCUUUUAGCUUUCUUUUAGCUAUCUUUGAGCUAUCUUUUAGCUAUCUUUCAGCUAUCUUUUAGCUAUCUUUAGCUAUCUUUCAGCUAUCUUUUAGCUAUAUUUUAGCUAUUUUUUAGAUAUAUUUCUAUUAUUUUUUAGCCAUCUCUCAGGUAUCUUUCAGCUAUCUUUUAGCUAUCUUUCAGGUAUUUUUUUCUAUCUUUCAGCUAACUUUCAGCUAUCUUUUAGCUAUCUUUUAGCAAUCUUUCAGCUUUAUUUUAGCUAUCUUUCAGCUAUCCUUUAGCUAUCUUUCAGAUAUCUCUCAGCUAUCUUUCAGCCAUCUUCAAGCUAUCUUAAUCUGCACCUAAUCAGGAGUAUAGUUUGCAGAAUGUUACUCCUUACAAUAGAGAUAAAAGUUAAUUUCAAAUUCAUCAAUAGAAAUGAUAAACAUCCAUCAACAUCCACUCCUUUCCAUAGUUUCUACUUUAUAGUUAAGUUCUAAAUGAAUCUCAAACACAUUCCCCCAAAAUCAGUUUCCGAUUAAUCACUACCCUUGUCCCAAUGUCCAGCUCAAUGCCCAUUGGUAUUGAAAGGGUUCGGGGGGUUUGGCUGGAUGUUAGCCAAAAGAAAAUAAAAAUAAAAAUCCGCAAUAAAAGCAUCGAACUUUUUUCUCAUUUGAAAUUGCAUUUUUGUUAGUUUUUCCUUUUUUGCCUAUAUAUUUUAUAUAAAUAUCUAUGUGGACCCGCUGCUGAUGCUGCCUCUGCUGCUGAUGCUGAUGCUGAUGCUGCUGCAUUCCCUGCACGCAUAUUAUGCCUACGUGUGAGUGACUGUGUGUGUGUGUGUGUUGGUGGCACUGCAACUGCAACUGCAACUGGUGUUUGUGCAUUAUUUCUAUAUAAACGAAUAUAAUAUAAAAAGACUGUGCAUUCGCCGAUUUCUUUUAAUUUUUUUCUGCAUUUUUUCUGUGUUUUUUUUUUAAUGAUUUUCUUUUUUUUAUUGAAGCUACGCAGCAGCGACGCCGGCGUUGACGUCAACGAAGGCUCAUAGGCCGAAAAAGGACGAAAGCGUCGCUCAUUUGCCACGCAUCUGUGUGAGUAUCAGCGCGUGUGUGUGUGUGUGUGUGCGUUGGGGCGCAGAGGGGGUGGGGCGGGCAAAGUGCACACAUAUUUUUAUAGGGUUUCGAUUGCAUUUUUUAAUUUUUUAGCUUCUUUUUUCCGAUUGCAUGUGCUGUGUGUGUGUGUGUGUGUGCCUUUGUGUCUCUGUGUGUGUGUGUGUGUGUGUCAGUGUUGCCGUGUAUUUGGAUUACGCUUUGUAGCUUCGUUCCGCGCCCUUUCCCUUCCAGCCCCCGCACCUUUCACCCUCUCCUUUCCUUUCGUACAUGCACUGCCCAGUUUUUGGUUUUCUUUUUUUUUUUUUGUGCAGUUCGUAUGCCCAUAUGUGUGUGUGUGUGAGUGUUUUUUUGUGAGCGAUUUUUGCAUUUUUGCAGUUUGUUUUGGGCAGAUUUUUAUUUUUCGGCGACCAGUCCCGUCUCGUCCGACAGAGACAGCAGUAGCGGGAGCAAGUGAGAUAGAAAGCAGGGAGUAGGCAGAAGGCAGCAGGCAGAAGGCAGCAGGAGCAGGAGCUUGACCAGGUCCGGCUGAGCCUGAAGUAGGGGUAGUCAGCAGUAGUCGGGCUCCGUUCAGGUCAGCGCCUAUGUGUGCGUGUGCGUGUAUGUGUAUGUGUGUGUGUGUGGCCUGGAGAAAUGAUGACCAGCGACGACGCUGGCAACGAUGAUGAUGAUAAUGAUGAUGGCCAUGAUGAUGAUGAUGUUGGCUCAUUACGAGCUGCCUGCAUAUUAUGUGCAGGCCAGCGGUGCAGCGGCUCAGAACCGACUUUGCCGUUGCCGUUGGAGCAUUGACAACUGCAGGCCGUCACACAUACACACACACACACACACAUAUAUAUAUAUAGUUACACAUACAUAUAUAGAGAGAUACGAAAACAUAGAGGACGACAGCGCCAAAUUCUGAAGCUGAAACUGAAGCUGAAGCUGAAGCCUCAGUCUCAGCCAGCGGCGACUGCGACAGCGACGUUGAUCUCAAAAACACAUUUUCUGGGCAACAUUAUUUUUCGUAUAGUUCGGAUCCAUUUAGAUGAACAUCAGUUAGCUAUCGGAUUGGACGUGCGUCGUUCUAAAGAGCCAACCAACCAAGAACCAGAACCAGAGCCAGCCCAAGUCAACCCAAGUCAAAAUCAACCAAGCCAUCCAUCGCCAGACCGAAGUGAAGUUUAGUUCAGAGUUCAGUUCAGUUUCACCCAGUUAUCAAGCCAGUACAGUUCAGAGUUCGAGGUUCGUUCCAAAGGACAAGGAACAAGGAACAGGACGAGCCUAGACAUUAGUGCCACAGCCAAGUGCCAGUGCAAUGCCAGAAACAAUCCGCCGCACCCUCAAGUGGAGCGAGCAACGUGCCCCCGCCCCGCCUUUUUUGUUCAAGUGCUGAGAAACUGUUUUUUUCAAGUGAUUCACAACUCAAAUCAAUCGCUGCAUUAAGUGACAAACUAACCUAAUGAAAAAAAACUCACAACAAGAUCAAAAGAUACAAAGAUCCAAAAUCCAAGAACCAAAAAUCAAAUCCAAGUCAAAUCCACACAACAAACUGAGACCCAAGAAGUGCGUGAGUGCAAGCAACAACCAAGUUCAAUAUUAGGAGAGUUCACCGUCGUUUUAACCAGCACAGGACACGCUCUCGUCAUCGUCCAGGACACCCACAAGCAGCAUAUAUCAAGAGAUAUAUAUAUAUAUAAACGAUUCUGAUCGCAGUUAAAUAAUCAUUAGUGAAUACUCUACUACAGCUACAGCUACAGCUAUAUAAAUAUAUAUAACAACAACAACAACAACAACAACAACAACAACAACAACAACAACACUCAGCAAGGCAAAUACACAAGCCAAAGGCAAGGCAGCUAGAGCCGCUACAGCGCUUUUCUAUCCCAUUCAUCGGUGGGCCAGGCCGCCAAAAAGCCGUCAAAAUACGAAAGAAGGUGACCUCGAAGAAGGCCAGCGUUGUGUCGGUUGACGACGAUCACAACAACAAUAACAACCACAACAACGACCACAACGCUCGGCAGCCCACAAUCACAACAACAACAACACCGACACCAAUACCUACACCAAUAUCAACGCCUGCAGCCACGCCCACACCUGGUGACUCAGAACAAGAAUAUCCUUUAACCAGUAACAUCCAGAAUCAGAACCAGAAACAACCCAUCGACAUGGACGACACACAGCACUUUUGCCUCCGCUGGAACAACUACCAGAGCAGCAUAACCUCGGCCUUCGAGAAUCUGCGAGACGACGAGGCCUUCGUCGAUGUAACGCUCGCCUGCGAGGGACGCAGCAUCAAGGCGCAUCGCGUCGUCCUCUCCGCCUGCAGUCCCUACUUCCGCGAGCUGCUCAAGAGCACACCCUGCAAACACCCGGUCAUUCUGCUGCAGGAUGUCAGCUUCAUGGACCUGCACUCGCUGGUGGAGUUCAUCUACCAUGGCGAGGUCAACGUUCAUCAGAAGUCACUGCAGUCCUUCCUCAAGACCGCCGAGGUUUUGCGCGUCUCCGGACUAACGCAGCAACAGGCGGAGGACACACACAGCCACUUGGCUCAAAUACAGAACCUGGCCAAUUCCGGCGGCCGUACGCCGCUUAACUCGCACGCCCACUCGCAUCCACAUCCGCAUCAUGGUUCGCUGCACGAUGACGGCGGCUCGUCGACACUGUUCAGCCGCCAGGGAGCGGGCUCGCCACCACCACCGGCGGUGCCAUCGCUGCCUCCGCACAUCAACAACCAGCUACUGAAGCGCAUGGCCAUGAUGCACCGCAACAGCGCCGCCGCCGCUGCCGCCGAGGAGACCUCGCACGCUUUGAAGCGGCUACGUGGAUCCGACAAUGGCCUGGCGCUAUCCGGUGCCGUUGGCAGUGGCAGCAACAAUAACAGUCCCGACUUGCCGCCGCUUCAUGCGCGCAGCACCUCGCCCCAACAGACUCCGGCCGACUUUAGUACGAUCAAGCACCACAACAACAACAACACACCGCCGCUUAAGGAGGAGAAGCGUAAUGGACCCACAGGCAACGGAAACUCUGGCAACGGCAAUGGCAACGGAGCGAGCAAUGGCAAUGGAAUCUCCAUCAGCGACAAACUGGGCAGCCUCACACCCUCACCGCUUGCUCGGGCGGGCGCUGAUGAUGUCAAAUCUGAGCCAAUGGAGUUGGUUUGCUCCAACAACAAUGCGAAUGCCAAUGAUGAGCACAGUAACGAUUCCACCGGCGAGCACGAUGCCAACCGUUCCAGUAGUGGUGACGGCGGCAAGGGUUCUUUGAGCUCUGGCAACGACGAGGAAAUCGGUGACGGACUCGCCUCACAUCAUGCCGCCCCGCAGUUCAUCAUGUCGCCGGCGGAGAACAAGAUGUUCCAUGCCGCCGCCUUCAACUUCCCCAUUAGCAAUCUCGAUCACUCAGCGUUGCUUGGUCUCAACACACAGUUGCAGCAGUCCGGUGACCUCGCCGUGUCCCCUCAAGGACCGCACAGCAUCACCCGCUCCGCAGCUACCUCGCCCACCAGUUCUACCUCAUCGCCGCCGUCGCCCCCCACCGCUCUGACCUCGCCGACUAGUUCGCUGAAUGGCAGUUUGGCCGCCGCCGUCUACAAUCUACACAGUCAUGCCCAUGGUCAUGUCCUUGGUCAUGCCACCUCCCCGCCACGUCCUGGUAGCGUCGGCAGCAGUAUGGGCAGUAACCUGUGCUCCUCCACUACCAUGGGUAACACCGGCACUAAUAGCAGCAACAACAACAACAACAACAACAAUGGCAACAACACAAACAGCAACAGCAACAAUGGCAAUGGCAACACUAAUAGCAACAACAACAACGGCUCAAGUCCUGGCAGCCAAUCAGCGUCAGCGGGCGGUGGUGUUGCCCAGGCAGGCGCUCCACAGCUACCGCUACGCAUGCCGCCACCCACUAGCGGUGGCAUCAACGAACCCCAAGAGUGUCCCUACUGCCGGCGCACCUUCUCGUGCUACUACUCGCUGAAACGUCACUUCCAGGACAAGCACGAGCAGUCGGACACGUUGUACGUGUGCGAGUUCUGCCAUCGGCGGUAUCGCACCAAGAACUCACUGACGACGCACAAGAGCCUGCAGCAUCGUGGCUCGAGCGGCAUGCUUAAGCGGCUGCUCAAAACGUCGGCCAUUAAGCAUGGUCUUGUUGGGCAUGGUCAUGGACAUGGCCAUUUACCGCAUCCCCAUCAUCAUGCCCUCUCCCAUCCGCGGACUAGCCUGUUCGAUUUCACCAGCGAGCUGGGACAGCCGCCACCGGGCAUCCAAUAGGAGCUAAGUUGGAAUGCCAUCUUUUAGGGAACGAACCUGGUCGCCCCAGUCAGUCAGAGUCCGAGUCCGAGUCAGAGUUGGACGGACGACCAGUGUGAGCGAGCAGCAGCCAAGACCAGCUACAAAUACUUUGCCCAUUGUUUUCGCACUGGACCGACGACCACUACCCGACCUUAGCAUACCCGAAAAGGCGAAACAAAGGCGGGGGUCGUCCUCAGCCUGCACUAGGUCUUAGCUAAUUAAUUAUUAAUUAACACGCGCGUAACUCUAAGCAUAUUAGGCAUAUUUUUUGGCGUCAACUGUUUUAUUAUUCUUAUCCCUAUGUUUAGGUAAUUAUUACUAUACAUGUACGUAUAUAUAUAUUUUUUUUUUUUUUGUGUAUCUUACUCUGUACUAUUAGUUAUUUGUGCUGCUCUCACCUACUUAGUAGUUGAAGCAUCUUCGCUGCUUCAUGUGCAAUACCUCAAGAAUCGUGUAAAUAAUUUCGAUAAAUCAUAAAUACCUCUGGAACUGCUGCACGAGCAGGCCAAAAGCAAAAGCAAAAGCAAAAACAAAACACAAAAAACACACAAAACACACAAUUACAAACAGCGUGAAGUUGCGUUUAAAGAAUACUUAUUAGAAUUAGAGUUACAUUAACAACAACAAAAACAACAGAAUGGGAAGAGAACGAAGGACUAGAACACACGUACACGCACACAUACAUACACACACAAGCUGGGGGCAUGGCCAGUGGGCGAGCACUGAUGGGGCAUUAACGGUACAUAUCAUGCAACUGCAAACGAAUCUGAAGCUGCAGCUUAAACUGAAACUUAAGAUAAAAGCAAAGCAAACCGAAUCUAAAAUAGAAUCUGAGCCACCUGUCGGGCGCCAUCGGUACUCGGCCCUCGCCCUUCCCCCCCAGCAUUGAAUUAUUUGUUGUUGUUUUUUGCAAGACACAACCACACACACACACACACACACAAUCAUACGAUGUAAACAUUACUUUUUUUUUCUAGUUUUUACCCCAUAAAAAAGAAAUCUAUUUUAUUUGCCAACUGCUGCGCUAAAUAGAAAAUGUGCGUUCUCUAAAGAGUCGGAUUCCAGUUAAGAAAGAAAAACAGAAAAAAAGAUCAAGAUCCUACGGAUCGGCGGCAGACUAGACUAUAUAAGAUGAGUGUAAUUUUUUUUUUUUUAUUGCAAAGAAACCUUACUGUAAAUGUAGGACUUAUGUAAGACUAGUGCGUAAGAUUGAGUCGUUGGACUACACAGAGAAAGUUGAACAUGCAACAAGCAAGCUAAAACAAAAGCUAAAACAAAAACAAAAACAAAGCCAACCAACAACCAACAUACAAAAGAAAAACGUUAUCAGGGAUAAAAUAUCAAGUAUGUAAGUAGAGAAGAAGAAUAACAACUUACUUUUUCUACUUAAUCACAAAUACGACGAAUAAAGUAAAACAAAUGAAAAUCAUUUUUUUUUUUUAUAUAUAUAAUAUAUAUAUAACACAAUACAUACAAAAACCUAUGUGUAUGUGUAAGCGAAAGAGAAACAAUUAUUCUAAAGUCUAUGUAUACAUGUAUAUACUUUACACCAUUUACCAUAUAUACAACAUAUAUAUAUAUAUAUAUAUACGAUAUAUACGAUAUAUACCGAUGAUAUACACAAGCCGAAACGAAACACACUCCAGCCGUGUGGUGUAUAGAUUGAGCUGUAAACCCUUUUUGCAAAUCGAGGAUUAACGUAUUAAAAACAAACAAAAACAAAAACAAAACCGCAAAGUAACUCAGUGAUUUUUCACCAGCGAAGUACAAAUGUUCUGAAAGUAAAUUUAAUAACAAGAGUCGUAAGAGCAGAGAUCACACAAAUAUAUAGAGAGCAAAGGGAGCGCAGAGAUCUAGAGCAGAAUCAGAAAUCAGAGUCAAAAAAUCAUAAAAAGUUUGCACUGCCGAACAUAUUGUACAUACCUCUCGGGUUGUUUGGGGGGGUCUAGCUACAGAGCAAUAUCUAUGAUCAUAAACCAAACAGUUUUUCUUGGGUCUUUGAAAACAGAUAUAUGUAUGAUAACUAGAGGAAAUCGAAAAAAAAAACUUAAAACUGCCCAAACUCAGACGGGAUGUGCAUAAAAAAUACACCCACGAACAUCUGUGUUAAGAACAAAAAACAAAAAAGAGAGAAAUGUUUCAAAGCUAAGAAAAUAUGAAAAUGAAAGUACGAAGAAUGUGUAUCAAUUCAAAAUAUCUCAGGAAUUUCUUAAAUCUAACCAAUUUACAACUUAUAUAAUAACACACACACACACAUACACAGAGAGAGACACAUGCAGGAAAUAAAUCUUCCAAUCAACAUACCUCUAAAAGGGAGGGGGAUCAUAUCAUCAUCAAGCAACAUCCAUCAUCAAGUGCGAUAGUUUUCCGAUUUCUUGUCAACAAAAAAAAAAAACAUAGUUAUAGGCGGCGCAGCAAAAACAAAAACAAAUACAUAUACAGAUUGCAGUAGUAGGUAUAGGAAACAGUUGUAGGCAAGUAAUUAGUAUUCUUUGUGCCAUGCUACCCAGACGAUACCCUAGAGUGAUCAAUAUGAUCAACAUGAGGUUUCCUUAUCAGCGUUCAAGCAAAGAUCCAUCCAGGUUUUAAUACAUACAUUACAUAAUCAUGGGCAGUUUGGCUCUGUAGAUCUGACAUUGUCUUAAAUAAUUUAUUCUAACUUACACAGAUAUAUCAGCGGAUUGUCAGCGGUUGGUGGGAUAUGGCCAGAUAUGGGUUGAGAUAUAUACAUAUAUAUAGAUUGCAAUUGGGAAUCAGUAUAACAGAAUCACAUUGAGAAUGGCGAGCUGCUGUGUGACACAGUCUAGGGUCCUAAGAUUCCCUUUUCCAUUUAUCAUUUAGCAUUUAGACUUAACUUAACUCUUCCACUUACAUUUACUUUAAACGUAUUUAUGAUAUAUAUUCUUUUUUUUUUUGUUAAUUUUAAAACUUAAUUUUAAAUGUGUGUUUUAUAUACUUUAUUAUUCUGAACUUGAACGAAAUUAACGUUUAUUUUUAGUAUUUAAUUUCUUAAAACUUGUAAGAGAAACUCAUCAAACCGAUUUAUUUUUUGGAUGUAACAAGAAAAGAAAAAAAUAAGCAGAGAUAAAAACGAAAAAUAAUGCAAAUGCAAAACAAACUGUGAUCUUAAGAAAUCUUUGAAAAGUGAAAUUUGAAAGUUUUCAUUUUCCUUUUCCAUGAACGAAAUUCCAUUUUGGCUGUUUUUAUAUAUUUUUUAAAUUAAAUAAUAUUAUUUACAAAAAAGAAAAGAAACGAAAAACAAAAUUUAUGUUUAGAUACUCUACGAAACUGUGAAUGCGAACUUUUGUAUUAUUUUUUGUGCACCUCCUUUAUGUAUGUUUAUGUAUCAUUUAAACCUAUUCAAAAUUAUACUUUUUGGCAUAUGUUAAACAAUAAAAAAAGCAAUCAUUUCAAGCAAAACCAAAACACAAACUAUAUAUUUUACAUAUCUUUACAUUUAUUAUAUUUUUUUUUUUAAUAAUUUAAUUUAAAAGCCUUUUCUAUGACCUUGGCUCACAGGACUUGACUCAGGGAAGCUAACCAAUGCUCAGGAAACUAGUAUACUUGUAAGGAUUGCCCAUUACUAGAACCCUAGAACACCUCCAUCGGCCCUAGAUCGUACUUAUAUACUAAAGAGAAGAGAAAACCCAGACAGCCAGCCAGCAGAAAGUAACAAAAAAGAAACCCAAACCAGAAGAAGAAUUUCCAACGAAAGGAUCUAGCAUGGCCAAAAUAAACUGAUAUGAGAAGAAAAUGAAGAAAAGACGCAUAUAUUCGUACCAUUAAUGAGAAGAUUUUGAAUCAUAUUAAUGUAGUUUAUAGCUCUUAACGUUCGUAUAAAGAUAUUCUUAGAAAUAGAAACGUAUAUAUGUAUACCCCGCACUUUCCCCACCCGAAAAAAUCACCUACACCUACACACACACACACACACAUACAAAUGGUCAGGACACUGAAUCUUUCUAUCUAAAUAUCUAUUUAUCUGUUGUUAUCUGUCACUCUCCCAUGCGCAAGUACCUUGUACAUGUAUGUGUGAGCAAAAUUUGAAUUUGAAAUGGAAAUCGAAAAAAUCGAAGAAAGCAUAAAAGCUAAACUUAAAAACUAAAAAAGUAAA